AGGUAAUCGACCAAAAUGAAAGUACUCGCUGUUACGCUGCUCGCCUUUCUGGCGGUCAGUGCUCAGGCCGGCAAGCUGACCGAUAGCCUGGUCAAGGUUGUUCCCAGCUUUGCCACUGGAUUCGUAGUCAACGGCAUCGAGGCUACCCCACACCAGGCGCCCUUCAUUGUCUCACUCUCCAACAACUUCACUCAUCAUUCGCACAGCUGCGGAGGAACUAUCGUCAACAAGAACUGGAUCCUCACCGCAGCGCACUGCAUCUCCAAUCCAGUUGGCAUGAGUGCCAUUGCCGGACUGCAUGCGCGUGCCGUAGUAGAUGAGCGAACUCAGCAGCGCCUGGUUGACUUUGGUCGCAUUCACGAAGACUUCGAAGCGGCCGUAGGCCCCUUUGAUAUCGCGCUCCUUCACGUUAGCGAACCUUUCGAGUUCAACGAGUGGGUUAGCCCCGCUGUGUUGCCCAGCCCUGGGGAAAUCCACGAGGGCGAGACCCAUCUGUACGGUUGGGGCCAGCCAAAGUCCUAUAUAUUGACAGCAGCUAAGACUCUGCAAACCAUCACCACCAACACUAUCAACUACGAUGAGUGCAAGGCAUUGAUGCCGUCGAAUUCUAAGCUGGUUUCAACCAACAUUUGCUCCGAUUCCCUGCAGCAGAGCAAAUCUGCCUGCAAUGGCGAUUCCGGCGGCCCCCUGGUCGUCGAGCACAAGGAUGCUCCCUCUGAGCUUAUUGGAGUUGUCUCUUGGGGCUACAUUCCCUGCGGCGCAGCCAACUAUCCCUCGGUCUACACCCGUGUCUCCGCCUAUAUUGGCUGGAUCACCAAAACCCAGAGCGCCUACUACUUAACUGAAUUUAUUGUAAAUCUGCAGCGCCAACUACUCCGGUUACCAGUAUCAAACAGUAAACUGCGAACAAUUAACAUGAAACUAUUUGUGGCUCUUAUUGCACUGGUCGUGGCCUCGGCCAACGCCAAUAUAAUUGGCGUGCCCGGCUUCCCCGAAGGCCGCAUCAUCAAUGGCAACGAGGCCAAAGUUGGAGAGGCACCCUUCAUUGUUUCCCUGCAGACGACCUGGAACGCCCACUACUGCGCCGGCUCGCUGAUCAGGAAUGACGUCGUCCUGACCGCCGCCCAUUGUAUGACCCACACCAAUUUUCAGGUGGUUGCCGGCGCUCACAGCCGCACGAACAAGUCCGUGGCUCAGGUGCGCCAGGGCAGCAGCUCCCGUCAGACGAUCCACGAGAAAUAUGGCGGCAGCGUUGGCCCCUAUGACAUUGGUCUGAUCUUCCUCAAUAAGCCAUUCAACAUCAAUACCCGCAAUGCACCUGUCGCCACCAUUGCUGUGGCCUCCAAGCAAUACGCCACGACCGGCAAUGGUGUCCUCUACGGCUGGGGUCGCGACAACUCUGGCUUGAAGCCCGACAAGCUACAGAAACUGAAUGUGGAAAUCAUUGACUACAAGAAGUGUUUGGCUAACUUGCCCAGAAGUAACAAACUGGCCGAGACCAAUGUGUGCACCUUCAAGGCCGGGACCACCGACGGCUCCUGCACCGGCGACAGCGGCGGCCCAUUGGUAAACAGGCGUCCCGACGGCUCAUACCAACUGGUUGGCACCGUCUCCUGGGGCUACACACCUUGUGCCAGCACCAAGUAUCCAUCGGUCUACACCGACGUUGCCUCCUACAGGAAUUGGAUCCAGCAGCACAUUAACGACUUCACUGCGAAGUCAACAGCUGUUAACAUGAAACUAUUUGUGACUCUUAUUGCACUGGUCGUGGCCUCGGCCAACGCCAAUAUAAUUGGUCUGCCUGGCUUCCCUGAGGGCCGCAUCAUCAAUGGUAACGAGGCCCAAGUUGGAGAGGCACCCUUCAUUGUCUCCCUACAGACGACCAAGAACGCCCACUACUGCGCCGGCUCGCUGAUCAGGAAUGACAUCGUCCUGACCGCCGCCCAUUGCUUGACCUACGCCAACUUCCAGGUGGUUGCCGGAGCUCACAGCCGCUCGGACAAGUCCGAGACUCAGGUGCGCCAGGGCAGCAGCGCCCGUCAGACCAUCCACGAGAAAUACGACGGCGGCGUUGGCCCCUACGACAUUGGUCUGAUCUUCCUCGAUAAGCCAUUCGAUAUCAAUAGCUUGGCCCGCAACGCGCCUGUCGCUACCAUCGCUGUGGCCUCCAAGCAGUACGCCACGACCGGCAAUGGUGUCCUCUACGGCUGGGGUCGCGACAACUCUGGCUCGUUGCCCGACAAGCUGCAGAAACUGGAUGUGGAAAUCAUUGAUUACAAGAAGUGCUUGGAUAACCUGCCUAAGGGCAACAAACUGGCCGAGACCAAUGUCUGCACCUUCAAGGCUGGCACCACCGACGGCGCCUGCAGCGGCGACAGCGGCGGCCCAUUGGUAAACAGGCGUCCCGACGGCUCAUACCAACUGGUUGGCACCGUCUCCUGGGGCUACACACCUUGUGCCAGCACCAAGUAUCCAUCGGUCUACACCGACGUUGCCUCCUACAGGGACUGGAUCCAGGAUCACAUUAACGACUUCUAAGCAUUUCUGAUAA